CGAUCAUCACUGACCAUCUCGGCAUGGUUCCUUCUCCCACCAGCAGCCUCUGAUCUCCUACCGUAGCAGCUACCCGCUGCAGAUCAGGAACCACUGCACCUGCGUUUCUUCAGAGAUCGGCUUGCGAAUCGACGAAGGUGAGAGCUGGGAUGAGUUUUUAGCUAGGCUGCUUUGUUCUUGAGUUGGUUCUCUUGCAAAACCGCGUCAGACAAAAAGAGAGGGAUCGACGUAAAAAAAAGGGGCUUAUUUUUCACCUCUAUUUCGACACUACGAUCGAUACACUGUACUUGUUUGAAGGGUUCAUGCAUGUGCACUGUGCAUACGCGCGUGUUUUGUUGACAUCUUGCAGGGAUGCCGACGCUCAUCAUCACCGUCGACCUGGAGUGCUGCCGCUGCAGCGCCAAGAUCCAGAAGGUCCUCUGCUGCAUCCAAGACCGUGGGGAGUUCGUCAUCGAGAAGAUCGUGUACGAGAAGGACAAGGUCCUCGUGUCGGGGCCCUUCGACGCCGACAAGCUCUCCUCCAAGCUCUGCUGCAAGGCCGGAAGGAUCAUCAAGAAAAUUGAGGUCAAGCCACCAGAAAAGGAGACGCCCAAAUCUCCAAAGCCAGAGCUACCAUGCAAGCCGAUAUGCCCGUAUCCGUACCCAUAUCCAUACCCGCAGCCCACGUGGCCGUGCAGCUGCCCCACGCCAUACUGUUGUGGGUGCCAGUCCAAGCCGCCGCCGCCAAAAGAGGAGUCCAAAUCUCCUGAGACCAAAUCCAAACCCAAGCCAGAUCCAGCCCUAUGUAAACUGAUAUACCCGUAUCCGUACCUAUAUCCGUGUCCACAACCGGCGUGGCCGUGCAGCUGCCCCACGCCGCACUGUGGAUGCCAGUCCAAGCCGGCAUCGACGCCACCACCGGCACCGGCUGAGCCACCAAAACCACCGGCGUGCCAGUGCCCGGCGUGGUCGCCGUGCUACUGCAGCGGCGGCUACCCACCGUACAUGCCGCCGCCCAUGCCGUAUCCGAUGGUCGUCUGCGAUGAGAGCCCGCCCUACGGCGCCUGCACCGUCAUGUAACUGCGGGCAGCUGAGUGUGAUGCAAACUGGUCAUGUAUGUAUAUGUACCUUUCUAUGCCACCUGAUGACUACGCUGGUGGUUUCUUGUAUCAGUCAUUUGAUGCUUUGUGAGCCAGCGUGGUCGACAGUGACACGAUCCACGCCCAAAUGAAGUUAUUGUAGUUUCUACAUACAAAAAUGUAUGAUGGUGGCAGGGGAUGCAAAAUAAGGAUAAAAGUGUGCACAGAUGUUUUUGUGAGGAUUUGGAAUGUACUUCUAAAUUCUUGAUGAAGGAAUUUGCAAAA